GUAAGAUUUUGCAUAUUAUUUUAUUUUUAUAUUUUAAAGAUUCGGCCAAAAUAGUCAAUUCAACAUUUAUUCUAAAGGAGUCCAAUUUUUAAAAAAGAGGGUUAUUUUUCGUAUCAAAUCAGACCAAUGAGAGCAAUAAGUGCCAUGUAAUUCAUUUUUCUCCUAUGUAUUGUUUAUACUUUUGGAUUGGUUGAUUUUCAUUUGUUUCGACGUAUAAUAGGUACUUCUACGGUUAGAAUGUCUCUCAUUAUUUACGUUUUUAUUCCAGAUACCUACUUAUCGAUAUGAAGCUAUAAUCAAUUAAAACCAUUCACCUGCCUCAAUUUUAAUGUAGUAACUGGGAACAUUGAUAUCAAAGAACCAACUAAAAUGGAUUUUGAUACUUUCAUACUUGAUUGAUCGACUACAUAAUUGCAAAGAGGACUAUUAAAAAAAUGUAUUUCAACAGCCAGCCGCCAAUCGAGUACGUUUCAAUUUUUUUAACGAUUUUGCUGGGCUUACAACCAGAAAGUGUAAGACUGUUAUCUAGUCAGGCUAAAGUAUUCUCUGACAACAGUACACUAAAAUUGAAUAAGUUGGCCAUAUCUAAAUCUUCGAUUUUUGUUGGUGCAGUUAACCGUUUGUAUCAAUUAUCAUUUGAUCUUGAAUUGUUAGCGAACAUAACAACUGGGCCAUUUUCUACAAAUUCUUCAGUUACAAAACCUGGCUAUAAUGAGAAAGUAAUCCCCAAAUCAAUGGAUAAUCAUAACAAAAUUUUGCUGAUAUAUGAAGAUGGACUUAAUAGUCAACGUUUAAUAGCUUGUGGAACGCUUCAGAACUGUAGUAUAUAUUUUUUGGAUGAAACAAUAAUUUCAGAAUCAAACGUUAUAAACGUAUUUGAACCAGUUGUGGCAAACACUCAUACUGCAUCAACUAUAGCUUUUAUUAGAAAUUUUCUAUGCCUGGUAGAUGACAGAUACGAGAGCAGAAAAAUUCUAUGGAUAGCGCAAUCUUAUAGUAAUUUCACUGAACCAUUUGAAGUGCCAGCUCUUGCUGUGAGAAAUUUUCCUUAUUUCAAAUUGAGUGAUAAUUGCAGCAAGAUUUUAGUUAAUGGCGAAUAUCGCGAUAAAUACGCUGUAAAUUACAUUUACGGAUUUCAGUCUCUUGGGAACGUCUACUAUAGCAACAUUUUAACAACUCAGCAAAGUUCUGCAACAGAAACAUCUCCAUAUAUUUCAAAAUUGAUUAGGAUUUGUAGUAAUGGUGACGGAAACGAACUCAUAAACAGGUAUGCUGAGAUUCCAAUUGAGUGCAUUGUAGAAGGAGAACGACCCUAUAAUUUGGUGCAGGCAGCAUAUGUACUAAUACAACCUUUUAGUUAUGAUAAACAUGUAUACAGAGAAACCUUACUAUUUGCGAUAUUCUCUCAGAGUGAAACUAUGAACUCACAGAAACCAAAUAACCGUAGUGCCCUAUGUAUCUAUUCACUGAAACAUAUUGACAAAAUAUAUAAAGAAAAUAUGAUGAACUGUUUCGAUGGAAAGGGAAAUGCAGGGCUGGAAUUUAUAUCACCUGUAAGACAAUGUAUAAAACACAGUAUUGAUGAGGAUUCCUGUCCAUCAGGCAUAAACUUCCCCUUUGGUGGGAAUAUUCCUAUAAAAGUGUUUUCUGUGCUAACAUUUGAUGCACAUCUGACUGCAAUUGCAACAAGACGUUUGCCAGAGAAUUCCCACAUCGAUGUGUUUGUUGGUACAAGUACUGGGCAUUUAAAAAAGAUCAUUGUGGAGAACAGUACUAGUUCAUGCGAGUAUGAUGAUGUAACAGUAGAUGAGCGGUCCUCAGUAAAUGCUAAUCUCUUGUUUUCUCCUUCAAUGGAUGAUGAUGAUGAUGAUGAUUUGCUAGUGAUGACUGAACAUAAGCUUACCAAAGUUAAUUUAGAAAAAGUGCAAAUAAAUUGUAUUAUGUUCAGUAGUUAUGAUGCUUGUGUACAAUCCAACACAACAUGCAAUUACUGGUGCUCACAUACUAACGAAUGUACGACUACUAAAUGCGGCUGUAAUAUCAGAAUAGGUUAUUGGAAGUUGAUGUACAAUUCCAUAAAAUCAGAAAAUUUAUCAAUUAUUCAGCCACAUGAUUCAGAGUACCUUCAACAUGACAUUUCCACCCAUGUGAAAUUGAGAUCCAGUUCGGAUAAAUUUUCUAAAAUAUUAUUACAAAUUAAAGAAUUUCUUCAUUGUCAGAUUGCUGAUGAAAACUUUAACAUUACUUCUAUAGCAAAAGUUGCUGUUGAAUCAGGAAGUGCGUAUACAGUUAACUGCACUUUUCCAAAUUCUUCUCUUGCAGUACCAUCUGGCAGUCAUAAUUUCAGCUUAACAUUGUCAAUUAUAAUUACUGAUAAAAAUAUUCCAUUUGUUUGGAGUACUAACAUUUCAUUUCAUGAUUGCAACACGCACACUUCUUGCCUUGUGUGUACUGAAUCAAUGUCCCCAUGUUACUGGAGAACGGAUGAACAAAAGUGCAUUUUCAAGCACGGUAUAAAAAAGCAUAAAAAGACUGGCAUUGUUUCCAAUACUCUGGCCAAUUCAUGUCUGCAUCCUGCAAUUCCCGCUAUUUCUUCUUUUUGGCCAACAAAAGCAGUGUUUGAAGGAAGCACUUUUAUCACCAUUCGAGGUGAAAACUUGGGUUAUUCAUUGAAAGACAUAAUGAAUCCAAUUACAGUAUCUGGAGUACCUUGCAUACCAAUUGAGGAUCAGUUUGAACCAAUGAAGAAAGUCGUAUGCUUCAUUAAUCAAACCAGUCCUCAGAAAGUUGAAAAAGGACCAUUAUUUGAAACCAAUCAAGCAGUUAGAGAAGGGCCAGUAGAAAUGAUGAUCAAUUAUGUGUUGGUAAAAUCCAGAGAAAUCUUUACUUUUGCUGUUCCUAAAAUUCAUUCUGUUUAUCCCCAUCUGGGGUCUGUAUCUGGUGGUACAAAUCUAAUCAUUGAAGGUGAAUAUUUGGAUGUAGGUAGAUUGAUUUCUGUUCAUAUUGGAGAAAUACCAUGUAUAAUAUUUUCACUUGAUACUGCUAAAAUAGAAUGUAUCACCUCUCCAUGUUAUACUUGUAAUGAGUUAUCACAAGAAGUUGUUAGCGUUACCUUUGGCCAUGUUUUUUAUAAAGACAAGUAUGCAUUCGGGUACAUUAACAACUAUAAUCAUGGCAUUGAUGGUUUCAACAAAAAACCAAAAAGUAUCCCUGCUGGAGGUAUUGCUACCAAAACUGGAUUUCAAGAUUCUGCAUAUACUGGGAAGAAGUACUUCAUUCAAUGUGAAAAAAGUUCUUUCAAUGGCUCAUGUGAAAUACCUUCCAAGUCUGCAGACAUAGUGUGUAAGUCACCUUACAUUCCAGAUAUCAAAAGUGAUUCGAUAAAUUCCGAAUAUCCCAUGUCAUUGAAUUGCACAGUAAUUUGGAUAGACAGUAGUGAUUUAUACAAAAGUAUUGUUAUUGGCAAUGUUCUUCUGUCUUUAUAUCCUAAUCCAGAAUUUCAUAACUUUUCUACCAAAUUUGAGGAGUUCACUGGAACUGUGUUCAUCAUUAUCAAAGGAAAUGAUAUAGACAAAUCUUGCCAAAUAAUGGACAUUCAUGUGAAGGCUGGAAACCAUAGCUGCAGUAUAAUUUCAUUGUCUCUAAAUGAAACGAUUUGUAUUCUGAGGAGGCUCAACUCAACAUCAUUAACAUUUAAAGAUGAUUUGGAUCAAGCACGUGAAGAAUUGGAUAAAAUUGAAUUUAUAACUGUGUCAAUUGGUGAACAUUUUGAAGAGAUUGUUUUGAAAGCAAAUACAUCUGCAAACAAUUCAUCAGUAUCAAUCAUAAUUUAUAUUGUAGUUACAGCGUCAGUAUUUAUCCUCAUAAUAAUCAUAGUUGGCAAAGUAUACUUGAAAAAUUCACAAACAAUGAAGCAAAUGCAACGCAGAAUGAAUAAAAUGGGCAUGGAUGCUAUCUCCAUGAGACAUGGCAUAAAGCAAGUGAUUAUAGAAAAUAAAAUACAACUGGAUGGACAUCUAGCAGAUGUGCUGAAUUUACCUAAUGUCACGAUUGAAGUUAACGCUUCAUAUGAAAGUCCCACCACUGAAAUGGCAACAGCUGUUGAAUAUCUUUUACCACUUGAUGAGAAGUGGGAAUUUCCGAGGGGUUACUUGACUCUAGGAAAGCAUCUGGGGGAAGGAGAAUUUGGAACGGUUGUUCAAGGGGAAGCUAUUGGUAUCUUGGAAGAGAAUGUUAUAACUACUGUGGCAGUUAAAAUGUUGAAAGAUUCCCAUUCAGAUUCAGAUAUGAUUGAUUUAGUUAAAGAGAUGGAAGUAUUGAAAUUAAUAGGAGCUCAUGAAAAUGUUCUUAGAGUUCUUGGCUGUUGCACCCAGAAUGGACCAUUGUUGAUCAUUACAGAAUUUGCUCAAUACGGAAAUUUAUUGCAUUUCCUUCGGAAGCGUCAUUAUUUCAUCUAUAAAAAUACAUCAGAAAUGCUGGCUGAACACACUUUACUAACUUUUGCUCUUCAAGUUGCAAGAGGAAUGGAAUACCUGGCAUCUAAAAAGUGUGUUCACAGAGAUCUUGCUGCCAGAAAUAUUCUGGUAUCUCAUGUUUUUGUGUUGAAAAUAGCUGAUUUUGGUUUGGCCAGAAAUAUUCAAAGUAAAGAAUACUAUAAAAAGAAGACAAAGGGUAGGUUGCCAGUAAAGUGGAUGGCACCAGAGGCAUUAACGCAUUUGCUGUUUACUAUCAAAUCUGAUGUGUGGUCUUAUGGAAUACUACUAUGGGAAAUACUGACUUUAGGAGGUGUCCCAUAUCCUGCAUUUACAGACAUGGGCAAAUUAAUCAAGGAUUUGAAAUCAGGUUACCGCUUGGAACAACCUUCUAACUGCUCUUCUAAAACGUACAAUUUAAUGCGUGAAUGUUGGCAUUACUUACCUGAAGAACGCCCAAAUUUUUCUUCAAUUGCUCAAGAGUUGUGUGAAAUGUUACCGAGUGAAGUGCUUGAUCAACAUGCAUCCGAAAACUUCUGGUCCAAUAGUAACGAGUCCAACUCUAGCAAUACUAAAAGCGAGUCCAACUUUAGCAGUACUGAAAGCGAGUACAACUCUAGCUAUACUGAAAGCGAGUCCAGCUCUAGUGAUAAUGAAAAUGAAGUUGACAAUUUGUUACCUUAAUGAAUAAGAAUUCUGGUUUCAAUUUUGCUAAAAUUCAAGCUCAUAUUGUUUAUAUAUUGUUCAUUUAUUCUUAAACUAUUUCUUAGCUAAGUACCUUAGUAUCCAAUGAGUGAGUGUUUUUACAAAUUUGUUGGGAUGAAAUUUUUCAUCAUAUUUUUUUUUUUUUGAGUAAAUGAUAGUGAUAUUACCAGGAUACUGUCGAUAUUUAGAAUAUUUAAGAAUAUGUCAUUCGACCAACCAAAAUGGCUUUACGUUUUGGAGGAGAAUCAAUAAUUUCUAUCAUGACUUCAUGACUGCUUUUGGGUCUACUUAUGUAAGAGAUUGACUCAAUUUCAAGCUCAAGAUUUGUCAAAAACCCUCAGACACAUUUUGAUUUGUGUACAAAUAUGUCUCACUUUCAGACUCAAAUUUUUCAGAAAUUCUCAAAAAAGAAAACCAUCUUGAAAGUACUCACUUUCGUAAAUUGCAAAUUCUCUUUUAAAUAAUUAACAAAGGCUGUUUUAUACUGCCACUUUGAAAAUGCUCACUCAUUGUACGACUUUGAAAAAACAGAAUUAACUUUUCUGACUUCUUACACCCAUAUCUACAAGAAGUCAACUGGAUUUUUGUGCAUCAAAUUGCUAGACAAAUUUUAUGUUUUCUGAGGCGCUUUUUGCCUCUUGGACUAUGCACAUUUGCAUAAGAAAAAAAAAGAGUAAAACAUAUUGUAACAUUUAUAUGUAUGUACAAAGUUUGGGAAACUUGAAGGAUUUUGAUUAAAAUGUCUAUUGUUAGAAUUUUUCAUUGUUCUGAAACCAAUUGGAAACUUGAGUUUCUUUUUAGAAAGCUAUCACUUAAUUUCUAGUUUAUGUUUAUCACAGCGUAUUAUUUUUAAGUAACUUAGGUAUUGAUUUAUGUUUUAUGUAUGCAUAAGUAGGUAUUCUGCAUUCAUGAUGAACUUAUCUCUCAAUAAAAUGUUGUAAAAUUUUGGAACAUUUCUAUAAUGGUUCGCGUGUAGUUUUUGUCAUCUUUUUCGCACAUUUUAACCAUCAUAAAAAACACCUUUUACAAAUGGCAUGUGAAUGAAUCCUGAUUGCAGAACCGUCAAGAGUCGA